AUGGAUGGGACUAUCAGCACCAAAUCAUCCUCAACCUCACCCUCGAUCUCAACUCACUAUCCUUCCAAAGCCCUCUCCCAUCACCACUACGGAGCACCCCCAGUGUCGGGGGCUCAAGCUCUCCAACAAAAGUCCUCAAGCCCAACUCACAACGAGCGAAGUUUUGCGAACCUAGCAGCAAAUGACGCCAAUACAAAACUAUCACCAGCCCCAGCACCUGCCCCUACCGCCACAUCUCGACCCGAAUCAGCUGCCAGAGUCACUUUCGCAGAACCGCCGGACCAAAAAGUUCAUGCUGUUGAGAGAGAAGUUGAUCUGCUAGCAGGGAAUACAUUCUUUCCGUCUAUUGCUAUCAGUGAGAAGGAAAUACUUGGGCUGUCCAAGAUUGGACGUGCUGAGAAAGACUUGAAGAAUCUGAAGAUGUGGGAAACUCUUUUAGCUGAACAUAAAGAGAAAAUGCCGUCUCUUGUGCCAGUAGUUGAGGAGAAGCUAAGGAAGCGAAGGAUAAAAGAGCCUGUUUAG